AUGUUAUAGCAUAUGCAGAUCUCCAUUGUCACAUCUCUAUCAAAAUGUUUGUCAUCCAAACUGUUUCUAUGGCAACAGAUCGUUUGCAAAAUCAAUUACUAAUACAGUAAACACGCACUAAACCAUUUCCGUGUUCCAGGUCAAAGACACGGUGGCAUGUCUCGUGAUAGACUAGUACAUGAAUAUAGCUCUCUUACUCAACCAAGACGCAAUAACUACCCAAGUUACAGAAGUGCGUUAAAAUGGAUCCGAGAUAAUAAAGAUACAAUAGAAACACUAGUGGAACUUUUGCAGAUUCACCCAGACUUAUUACAAAAUAAAGUUUUAGAGAAUUUCUUAAAUUAUCUAAGAACUUACAAAAUUCAAACUCAGUCCAAGACGGAUCGAUUGUUUAAUGAUUUUGAAAAAACGAAGUCUUCUAACGAAGUUGUACCCACGAUAACAGUAACAUCAGAAGCAUACACUCGAAGAAGUAAUACAAUCACCCCAAGACUACUUAUACUUGGUAAACGAACGUUUGAAAGUGACAACGGCACAUGUGGCGAUUUAUUAAGUCAAUUGAGUCAUUAUUUUUCCGUUCACAGCUGUGAUGCAAAUAAUGAUAUACUUAGCGAUAUACCAAACGUUGAUGCAUGCUUAUUCUUACUGUCUGAAUCAAGUCUGGCACAAAGCGACACAUUCGCUUUAAUUCAACAAGUGAAAUUAACCAAUAUACCCCUGAUAUUUAUACGCACACCAAAUUUAACAGUCCCCGAACAUGCGAAUCGGGAAAGAUCACUGUCAUCGUGCUCUGCUCAUGGAACCGAUCAACGAUGUAGUCCAAUAUCGCUGCCAUUACCACCCAUUUCCCGAACGCCAAACUAUUUGAACAUUGAUUCAAAUUUCAUAUUUGAUAAUAUUUACGGUAUGCAGGACGUGUGCAAAAAUGCUAUUGAAUUAAUUCCUGGAGAUCUUUCAAGAUGUUUAAGACAAAUUACAGCUUAUUUCAAUGUGAAAACACAAUCCACUGUACGUAAGACGGAUGCUUUUGAACAAUUAAAUAUGCGAGCAAACUCAUUAUCUAUUCAACAGAACCCAUUUGCGAGACAGGAAAACCAGCAACCAAAGCAACAACAUUCAAUACAAGAUUCUUUGACACAACAUCAAAAUUCUCUAUCAAUGCAAGUGUCCUUGUCAGCGAAGGACGAUUUACCAUCAAUUCGAGUGAGCCCUUCGCCGAUCCAAGAGACACAUGUGCAUGUUAAUGAAAAAACAGAAGGUGACAAUUCAGCGUUGUUAACUUACGAAGAUACUCUUGGUGCGUCAUUGAUUGUUAUGGAACACAUGACUUAUGGAAAAUUAGACCCAAAUGACAUUACUAUUAAAUUAAAGAAUAAAUAUUAUUCAAAUAACGCGCCUAAAGCUACACUGGGACUCCCGACGGUUUCUACGUGUAAAACACCACCAUUGUCACCUGUUUUCAGAAAAAGAGAAAAACGAAAAAAAUCCGCCAACGUCUCUCAAACAAGAAAUAACAAUUCGAAUUAUACAAAUGCAUUAGAUGUUUCUGAAAGUUCAAUAGAUAGUACAACAUAUUUACUUUUCUCAAAAAACAAAGGUGAAAUUCCUGCAACAAUAGUGAACUGGCCAAAAGAUGCGAAAAGCAUGCCAAUAAACGAUGACUGUAUGUCUGAAGAUUCAAGUAUCAGUGGAUUUCAAGACGUAGACUUUACGUCAUCAUUGUGGCCCUGUAAUUCAGACGAAGACAAUUUAGACUGAACGAAUUAUACAUUUAUUUUUACCUUGCAUAUUAACAUACUUUGCUGUA